CCCAGAGAGGCAGAGACGUAGACAGAUUGGACAGACGGGGAGGGAAAAACUGUUGAUACCGGACACACUGCAGAAUGCGUGAAUACAAAUUAGUAGUCCUGGGUUCAGGGGGCGUUGGAAAAUCUGCUCUGACUGUACAGUUUGUCCAAGGAAUAUUUGUGGAGAAAUAUGACCCCACAAUAGAAGACUCGUACAGAAAGCAAGUGGAGGUGGACGGGCAGCAGUGCAUGCUGGAGAUCCUGGACACGGCCGGGACGGAACAAUUCACAGCCAUGAGGGACCUCUACAUGAAGAACGGCCAGGGCUUUGCGUUAGUAUACUCCAUAACGGCGCAGUCCACGUUCAACGACCUGCAAGACUUGAGAGAACAGAUCCUCCGAGUGAAAGACACCGACGACGUGCCCAUGAUCCUGGUGGGGAACAAGUGUGACCUGGAGGAUGAGCGGGUGGUGGGCAAGGAGCAGGGCCAGAACCUGGCCAGACAGUGGAACAGCUGCGCCUUUCUAGAGUCCUCAGCGAAGUCGAAGAUUAACGUAAAUGAGAUCUUCUAUGACCUGGUUCGGCAAAUCAACAAGAAAACUCCAGUACCUGGUAAAACAGGCAAAAAGUCCACCUGCCAGCUGCUCUAAUACACAUCUGCACUGUUGCUCUGAGCCAGGUCUGAUAAACUGCUGUCCCUCUCGGCAGUGCCAGCAUCUCGACUUUACUAAACCAACAUCCGGUGGACUUUCCUGUGUGGUGAUUCCCUUUAACAAGCGAAACCAACCAACCAACCGACCGAUGAAUUCAAAGCUACCACGUCAAUUUUUUUUGCACAUAGAUAACUGCAAUGGCCCUACAGUGUCGCAAGAAAGAGAUUUUUACUUAUGUAUAGAUAUAUAUUCAAAUCAUAUGCAACUGUAUGAAUAAAGACCCACAGCCUACACACAGUAUUACUGCUAAUGGAGAACACGCCUUCCUUCCACCUCCGUGGUACAUGUAAGAUUCAUAUUUCUGACCAGACUGUAAGUUGCCAGGUGUUUAUGUUGGCGAGUACAGUAACAUGUAUAAGCACCACUUUUCUAGCAAGAGAAGAGGAAGUCCAAAGAGCGCCUAUAUAGCCUAUUUCAUACAGCUAACUUUGCUCCUUGGGUAUUUUAUACUGUUUUUUUUCCCUUUUUUAUCUUUGACUUUUUUUCUUCCUUUUUUAAGUUACUAGAUUUUGUUGUACCAAGAUGCUUUAUUGCAAUUGCUCUUAAUUUUAUGUUAGUAAAACCUGUGGAUACAGCGAUAUCUGUGUAAAAAAGAAUAUGAGUAUAAUGGUUUUCUUUCACUAUUAUGUUGUCUUUAGCCUAUAAUACUGCCUUCAAAUAUGUUUUAUUUUCUUUUUAUUUUCAGGAAAGUCCAAAAGGAUUUUCAUUUCAGCCUAUUUUUUUUAUUUCAUUUUUGUCACCUCGAUGUUUGUACAAUGGGGGUUUACAACAGGGGCUCUGUUGGGAGGAAGAUGGAUCAGGUUUACUAAGAGGCCCAGCCAGUGAGAGCCCAACGUCUGUAACUUAUUACAUUUCUUCAGCUAUAUUGCAACAAUUCAGUUUGAGCAGUCAUGGUUUGGGUCAACUUGUACACCAUCCUGUUCCUCUUUAAAGAGUCCCUGAUCUACAACAGGAAGUAUAUAUUUUAAAAUGAGGGUUUUUAAAAAAAAAUGAAUAAAAUGUCAUUGAAGAAGUCAUUCUCCAUGCUUCUGUUGCUGUAGAUUCUCACUGUAUCCCCCUCCUUAUCCUCACCCCAGGCCUUCCCUGAUCAUGCACAUGUUGUGAAUUGAAGAUAUAUGAAACAAAAUUGCCUGUCGAUGUAUUGGGUCACCUGUAACAUUUGAGUUGAGAUGUUUGAUGGUGGACGAGUAACUGUGGGUUUGUUAGUAGUGAGUAUCAGGAAGCUCCUAAAAUGGAAAUUCAAGUUCAACUGGGGAAUGGAAAGUUUUGAGUUUUUUUUUUUUUCCUGUGAUUCUGCUGACAUGUUUAAAAAGAAUGCCUUGUUGCUUUGUGUGCAUCAAACAAACAAAAAAAAAA